CUUCGCUAGAGUUUCGCUACACUGUGUUCGCUAAGACCGCACUUGACGCUUUGUUUACAUCAGAGAGAAGGAAACGUUUGUAGAUUUUAUUACUGAAGGAUUUCAUUUUCUAUUCUCUUUUAUUAAGUGAUAUAUCAAAAUGCCUAAAGUCAGACGUAGCAGGAAGCCGCCGCCAGAAGGAUGGGAGUUAAUUGAACCAACGUUGGAGGAACUGGAUCAGAAAAUGAGAGAAGCUGAAACAGAGUCGCAUGAGGGCAAGAGGAAAGUCGAGUCUCUCUGGCCCAUCUUCCGCAUUCACCACCAGCGAUCUAGGUACAUUUACGACCUCUUCUACAGACGGAAAGCUAUCAGCAGAGAAUUGUAUGAUUACUGUCUCAAGGAGAAGAUUGCAGACCAGAACUUGAUUGCUAAGUGGCGCAAACAGGGAUAUGAGAAUCUAUGCUGCCUUCGCUGCAUCCAGGCCCGUGACACCAACUUUGGCACCAACUGUGUGUGCCGAGUUCCAAAGAGCAAAUUGGAAGAGGGAAAGAUUGUUGAAUGUGUUCAUUGUGGAUGCCGUGGCUGUUCUGGAUGAGGAAGACAUUAUAACAUGUGCAUGAAUCAGGUUCAGUUGUCAUGCAUUGCCCGGAGACCUGACGACCAUAAUGUUCUGGCAAUAUUCAAUCAGAAUUUAGUGUUUAGGUUUAAGAUCUCAAUAGAAAAAAUAUACAGAAUUUUUCUUUAUAGUUCUGACAGAGUGAAAUAGAUUUAAUUUCAGUUAGUGUUAUAAUUGGAUUAUGGAAUACCCAUAAUAUUAACAAGUUUCUGAAGACAGUUCAAAAUGCAUUCUUCAUAAUUAAUGUCAUCUGUCUCAUGCACAUGAUAGUUUUUAUUGUGAUUUUUAAAAAACACUGAUCUUUGUCUUUGAGUGGAGAAAAUAAAACAAACACAUCUUAAAGAAGAUAUUUUUCCUUUAUAUACAGUUUGGCUUGGCAAGACAUAAAAAUAUCAUUUUAAAACAAUAAAUAGUUAAAAGACAAGUAAUAGUAAAAAUUGUAAUAGACAAGCCACACACGUAACACCCAGCAGCGGGCGAAGGAGCAUAGAAAGCAGGCCUUCACACUGUUGGACAAGGACGCACGGAAUCAGCACGAAGGAUGGAGGAACUGGGGAUCUCGCUUUGUCCAAAACCUCCUCAGAAAAUGCAAAGUUGUGUCAUUUCUUUUCGAGGGGAACUGUAGGAAAACGUCUGGUAUUGUGACACAUUUUGGAAGAUGUUCCACCAUGUUUUCUUUCUUUUUCUUUUUUCACCUUUCCAUUUUAGGAUGGGGUAUAGGGGGAUGGGUUAUUGAACAUACAUCUUGACUUAGGGUAUAUACACAAAUGUUAGCAAAGUAAUGAAUAUAGAUUCCAGUAACCUAAUGGUAAGCAUCUUAUCUUGAGAUUCUCUUUUGGAGAUUCUAAUAAAUUGAGUACUUUGGCAGUGGAUUAAUUGGGUGGAAUGUGGUUAUAAUGCUAAGAAAAAAAUAUUUAUUACUCCUGUCUGAUUCCAUUUACAAAAUAUGCAAGGCUAUGAUUUUGUGAAUAAACAGUUUUGUCUUUCA